AUGCAAACGUCCAACCCGCGCCCAAAGAUCGUUGUGACGAGGGACAUAGGACCGGCUACCAUGCCCUUGCUGUUUGAGAAGCAGUCAUCUUACGAGAUCGUGCUUUGGCCGGAGGAUCGGCCUUGUGGGAGGGAAUGGCUCUUGGAGAACGCGAAAGGAGCUGCUGCACUCAUAAUCCUUGUCACAGACAAAAUAGAUGCAAAAUUGCUGGACAUUGCUGGACCUCAGCUUGUGGUCGUCUCUACUGUUUCUGUGGGCUACGAACACGUCGACGUCAAGGAGCUAGCCAAACGAAACAUCAAACUUGGUUACACGCCCGAUGUUCUUACCGAUGCAGUUGCUGAUGUGUCUAUCAUGCUCGCCUUGAUGGCAGGGCGACUCGCCCGCGAAGCGAUGGCAGUCGUCAACGAAGGAAGGUGGCCCAACUUCAACUGGGCCCCUUUCCUCUUCUGCGGCCCACAACUCAGCGCAACUAAGUCCUCUCCGAAACGUACGGCAGGCUUCAUCGGUUUCGGCCGCAUCGCACAUGCCACUCUUGCGCGCCUCAUCCCUUUCGGCUUUACCCACUGCGUUUACGCGUCUAGCCCUUCCUCCAAACCCACUCCCGAGCGGGACGACAUCCUAGCGAAGGACCUCCGCCUUCAAUCCAUCCAGCGCGUUGAUCUCGACACAGUGGCCUCUGAGAGCGACGUCGUGUUCGUGCUGACGCCGGGUGGUGCGCAGACGAAAGAUCUGAUUAAUGAGACCUUCUUGAGGAAGAUGAAGAAGACGAGCGUGCUAGUCAACGCAGGACGUGGGCCGGUUGUCGACUCAGACGCGCUUGCGAAGGCGCUAAAGGAGGGAUGGAUAUGGGGUGCCGGAUUGGACGUCGUUGCCGGAGAGCCGAAGAUUUAUGCAGAUCACCCACUUGUGAAGGAACCUAGAUGCGUGAUACUGCCGCAUAUUGGGAGUGCCACUCUGGAGACUCGCGUGGACAUGGCCAAUCUGGGGGUCAAUAAUGCGUUGGCUGCCCUUGCUGGAACCGAGAUGCCUGCAGAGCGCAGGAUGGCCACCCGUAGCCAACAUGCCUCAAACACGUCGGAUGCAUGGAACUACCUCUCCGCCGUCCGUUCCCAGUUUCACGACAGACCAGAAGUUUACCAGUGCUUCCUCUACGUGUUCAGAGAUUUGCAAGAAGGGCGCAUCAGCAUGCGUACGACCGUGGACGUCGUUACAGUUCUCUUCCACAGACUCCCUAACUUGCUCGCCGGUUUUAAUCGCUUCUUACCAGCUGAAUAUAGGAUUCCUGUUCCUGAUAUGGUGUCCAGCGCCGAUCCAACUGCUGUGGCAGCCAACGGCGAAGAGACAAACCUUGAUCCCCUUUGCUAUAUCUUGGCCGUCAAGGCCGAGUUCAAGGACCAGCCGGAGGUGUAUGGCCACUUCAUCGAUAUCAUGAUGCAAAUUUACGCACUCGUGUUAUAUUGGCUAACGGCUCGGACACCCGGCGCUGCUGCAGGGAUUUAA